GAAGUAAGCUAUUUAUUACAUCAUUGAUAAUGAUUGUGAUUCCAAAUGUGGGGUCCACCUCCCCUGUAAGGAUCAGGAGGCUGUUGGUGAAAAGGAUUCAGUGGGGUGUCCUCUUUGGGCUGAUGGUCCUCAUCUACGGCUCUCACGCUCCCCUCAUCACUCUCACCAAAGCAGAUGGCAGCAUCCCCUUUAACCCCUCUUCCUGUGUUCUUUUGAUUGAGUUAGCCAAACUCCUAAUUUCUCUAGUAACUCUUGUUCUAACUGGGGGUACAUCUGCCUUACAAGCUCCACGUCUUGUCCUCGUGGCCCCCUAUGCAGUCCCUGCUGUUCUUUACGCGCUUAACAACAACCUGGUAGUUCUCAUGCAGGCCUACAUGGACCCAAGCUCUUAUCAAGUCCUGUCUAACCUGAAAAUUGCCUCAACCGCCCUGCUGUACUCCCUCUGCCUAGGCAAGAGGCUGCGGCCCACUCAGUGGUUUGCUCUGGGGCUCCUCAUGGCUGCUGGUGCGUGUCACACCUACAGCAGCCUGGACCUGGGAGACCCUGUUAGAGCUGAAGCUGAGGAAGGACCCAAGCUCCACAUCACUGCUUGGGGGCUUUUCCUUGUGAUGGUGUACUGCUUUGUUUCAGGCCUGGCAGCAGUUUACACAGAGAGGAUGCUGAAGAGUCAGAAGCUGCCCCUUAGCCUGCAGAAUCUCUACCUCUACAUGUUCGGCGUGGCCAUCAAUGGGCUUUCCUCUUUCUCCCUCAUAACAAGCAACAAGAACUUCCUGGAGGGAUACUCAGGGGUGGUUUGGGUCAUCAUAGCUGGACAGGCAGCUAACGGACUUCUCAUGUCCGUGGUGCUAAAGCACGGCAGCGGGAUCACCAGACUGUUUGUCAUUUCCUGCUCCAUGUUGGUCAACACUCUGUUGUCGUGGGCCAUGUUAGGACUGCAGCUCACAACUUUUUUCCUUCUCCCAGUUUCUAUGAUUGCACUGGCAGCUUAUCUUUAUUACAGGUAGUUCUCACCAAAUGAACCACAAAACUCGCUGGUCAAAAGAUGAAUCAAACAUUCAACCUAUAGCAUCUACUUUAUUGGUUUUGAAUUCAGAUUUUUUUUUUGCCUUUAUUCUGCCUUCAUCUCAGAUUCUAAACCUGUGUCGGAUUUGUAACCAUGUUAUGUGUGAAGUCAUUUAGCUGCUUAUGUCAGCUGUAGAGUUUAAUUUAGCAUUCUGUUGCACUGUUGCAAGGACAUUUGAAUACUAAAGCAGGUCAGGUUCAUUGUAUCUUCAGUUAAACAUAUCUGAAGAGUGCUGCUAUUGUCAUCUUGUUGGUUGAGUUUGUCAUUACAUACUAAGCCAAAAACAAGUCAAAGAUAAUAUCAAAGUGUUAUAAAUUGUGUAAAUGUGAACCAAUAAAUUGUAACAAAAACUU